AGCGUCCGGCUGCCAUUGACUUCUCUUCGGCCUGCAAACCCCGCCUUUCCGGAGGCCGACCAGGGCCCUAACCGCCGCGCCCCGCCCCAACGCGCCGGGUUCCUCCCUCCGGGCCCUGCACGGAUUGGUCGUGACGGCCCCGCCUAGGCGCGGACUGCCCACGUAGGCCGGUCGGGACAGCGGCGGGGACGGCGUCUAGGCCAUGGCCGGCAGCCGCCGCCUGGAGCUGGCCGAGGCGCUGGCCCUGGGGCCUGGCUGGCGGCACGCGUGCCACGCGCUGCUCUACGCUCCCGAUCAGGGGCUGCUCUUCGGCCGCAUCCCGCUGCGCUACGCCGUGCUGAUGCAGAUGCGCUUCGAUGGGCGCCUGGGUUUUCCCGGCGGCUUCGUGGACGCGCGGGAUGGCAGCCUGGAGGACGGGCUGAACCGCGAGCUGCGCGAGGAGCUGGGAGAGGCGGUGGCCGCUUUCCGCGUGGAGCGCGCAGACUACCGCAGCUCGCACGCCGGGUCCGGGCCGCGUGUAGUGGCCCACUUCUACGCCAAGCGUCUGACGCCGGAGCAGCUGGCGGCAGUGGAGGCUGGCGCCCCGCACGCCAAAGACCACGGGCUGGAGGUGCUUGGCAUGGUGCGAGUACCCCUGUAUACUCUGCGGGAUGGUGUCGGAGGCCUUCCUGCCUUCCUGGAGAAUUCCUUUAUCGGUGCUGCACGAGAACAGCUGCUGGAAGCCCUCCAGGACUUGGGACUGCUGGACUCUGGCUCUAUUCCGAGCCUUAAGGUCCCAGCUCAUCACUAGACGCAGCCCUCCAAGGUCCCAUGGAGCCUGAGAUCAGGACCUUGGUACUAGGGAGGGAAGAAAAAGUCUAAUGUUUUCUCUUUUGGGAGUUGACAGAUGAUAACAGAUUAAAAGAAGUGUUCUGAGCAGAGGGUCCCCCCACCCCCCACCCCAAAACUUACCAUGUUAGGGGCAAAAAUCUGCAUGUCAUCCAAGGGGCCAGGGCAAUGCUCAGAGCCUGUUUCUUCCUAAUAAAUUUGCAAACACAGAGCCUGUCAGCCCCCAGCAGGCGGAUGCAUAGUUCUGCCCACUCCCAUCAUGUUCAGUUUAACCUGAAAAUGGCAUAGGUGGGGCCUGGCUUGUCAGUAUAGCCUUCUGGCUGGGGAGGGUCUUCCAGACUUAGGGAGGUCUCUUCCCACACUCUUUCAUGGCUUUUUGCCAGUGUCUAGCCCAGUUUAUGCUUGUUGGGGGAGGACCGAGAAGCAGAGGAGCUUCUUUGCCCCCUGAAAGUGGUCACAUCCUUGCUUGGGGGUGGCCAAAGCAGUUGGCCCCUGUAAAAUGAGAGAGUCCUAACUAAACCCUGACCAUUUCGUUCCACCUGAAACUGAGCAGAACUAGUGAGGAAGUGGCUCAGUCUCCUUGGUGUGACCUUAGACCUGAAACCUCUGAGUCCUGGUAUCUUCCUCCCUACCACCCCCACCCAACCCUUCAACUUUGGGCCCCUUGGCCUCUGGGAACUGACCCAGUCCCUGUCUAGCUCUGCCCUAUAAAAAAAGAGCCUCACAGGAAAGAAGGACUCUUCAAUUCUUUCAUUAAAUAUUUAUUGUGCACCUUUUAA